GACAUACGUCUCUAGUCACAGCAGUUCUAAUCUAACCUCAAAAUUUAUGAAACGUAAAUAAAUCAUCACAAUAUUCAUUUUAUUAUUAAUUUGUCAAUAAUUUCAUUUUACAAUGAAUUCUGUAGAAAACAGCCCUGGUAGAAAAGCACUGGAAGUCAUGGGCCAUGUAAAUAAGGAAAUUGUUUUUAAGAAACCUUUCAGUGUUCCUAGAAAAAAACGGAAAGUAAAAGUUUUAGAUGAAGAUACGUAUGUUGAGCAAAUUGGCAACAUAAUUCAAAGAGAUUUUUUCCCGGAUUUAGAGAAAAUCAAAGCACAGAGUGAUUAUCUCGAGGCAAUGGAGAAAAAUGACACAGUUAGGAUUCGUGAACUUUAUAUGAAAUAUAGUGGGAGUAAACCUAAUCCCGAACGAAUACCAAGUCCAGCUACAUUUGAGACUCCAGCAAAUAUACAUAACAAACAAGAUGAUGUGACAUUGAACUUGGAAUCAAAUAACAUAGCUGAAGAGCCAAGCCAGCCUAAAAUUAAAAUUAGUUUAGAUCAAUAUUUAAAUUCGCAUACAUCUCAAGAUAAUGAAAAUUUUGAAGAAAUUUUAGAAAUAAGCGAACAGAAACAUAGGGAGAAAUAUAAGCAUUUUUAUCAGCCUGAAGAAGGGAGUGAAUGUAACAAACAAGCAAUGAUAACAUUACCAUCUAUUGAGCAACAAGCUGCUUUACCUGAAAAACCAUUUAAUAUUAAUACUUGGGGGUACAAAAACAAAAAUGUCCUAAUGUUUAAUCCAGAUGGUGAAGAACUAACAAAACAGCAAGAACUUGAAUUAAUUAGUAAUAAACAAGAAAUAGAUCAUGCAAAUACUAGAUUAAUAAUUAAUCCUUUUAAUGAAAUAAGAAGUAAAGAGACCAUUAACGAGUUAGCGAAAAGUCAAGCAAAGGUAUUAGAUGGAAAAAUUGGUGUCGAUGGUAAAGAGUUGUUGAAGCAAGACACACCAAACAUCGGUGGAUACAGUUUUAUAAGAACCCCUUCGCCAUCGCCAAGUCUAUUGGGAAGUCCAUUGAUGACUUGGGGUGAAAUCGAAGGCACGCCUUUUAGGUUAGAUGGCAGUGAUACUCCAAUAUCAAGGUCUCAAGGUCCAUCUUUCAAAAUGUCUGAACCCCCAAGAAGAGAGCAGUUAGCGUUAGCAUUAGCUGAAAAAGUUGGAGAGAAAAAUAGAGAUAAGAAAAAGAAAGCUUUGGAUGCUCAAAGGCGACAACUCAGUUCGCCAUCUCCCAGACCCAGUAGUUCUGCCAUCGAUAGGUUAGCCACAAUGUCACCUGCAGCAAAGAGACUAGCGUCAUCGCAUUUAAAAUUAACUGUAAACUCUGAUCUUUUAAGAACGACGUAUUCGUCCAGCCCGUCAGGGUUUAAAACUCCAUCACUGACUGGUACACCAAUAACGCCCACUCCAAAGAGAUGUGUUACUCCUAAAAUCAGUUUAGGCAUCAAGAAGGCUGAAGCAAAUCAAGUAUCAACUGACGAUUUAUUAAAGAUUAGUUUGCCAUCCCGAAAUAAGGCCUCUGAUUUUUUCUAAAAUAAAAUUUAAUUGAGACUUUAAGUUACAUUAUUUGUAUCUAUGAUUUGUAUGAUAUGUAAAUAAAUUAUAAUUUUUA